AAAAAAAAAAAAAACAUUUGAUCAUAAUUCAGCUAUAACUCCUGUAUAAAUACAUUCAUGUCACCUCUGCACCGCAUUAAACCUCUUUGUAACGUUGUGUACUAAUGUAUUGUUUUAUUCUCCUCAGACAAUGAAGAAAAUGGGAGUUCCUGGCAAAAUUAUCUUUGUCUUGAUACUGCUACUGCACAAGAGUAUUCAACAAGAGACAUUUAAUGAUCGGGCGACACUCAAUGUCCCUGAAAAUGAAAUUGGUUGGAUGAAAAAUCUGGAUGAAGAAAAGUUAAUUUCUGACAUCACUAUUCCUGGUACCCAUGACUCCUUGGCCCUUCAUGGAGGACCGGCAGCAGAAUGUCAGGCAUGGUCACUACAGGACCAGUUAAAUGCCGGGAUACGAUACUUCGACUUGAGGGUGUCUGGCUUUGGAUUAAGAAUUAUGCAUGGACCGGUUUCCCAACAUACAACCUUUCCUGAUGUUUUCAACACAAUUAAGACAUUUUUAUCUAAAUAUAAAACUGAGACAGUGUUGGUCAGAGUUAAGCCUGUUUUUUUUCUUCUUAAGAACAAAGUUCCAGGUUUAGUUGAAAAUGUGAUUGAAAAUGACAUUAGCUGGGUUGCAGAUGAAAUACCAAAAAUUGGUCAAGUAAGAGGAAAGAUUGUAUUUGUUCAGAAAAACAGCUUUGAGCUGGGUAUCCCUCUAUUUGAAACCGAUGAACAUAAUGACUAUAUAGUAACUGAUGUUGAAACAAAGAUACAAAAGAUUAUUAUGCAUCUGACUGAGGCUACAGACGAACAUAAUAGAGCUGAUAAAGUUGUUCUAAACUAUUCAAGUGGCACAGGCUGGCCUAAAGUCAGGCUAUUAAAUACCCCCAAAAGUGUGGCAAGUGAAAUCAACCCCUGGCUAUAUAAUUAUCUCAAUAACGAAUCUAAGAAUCCCAAUCCAAGCCUUGUUUUGGGGUUAUAG